ACAAACGAGUUUGACCCGAACGUACCUGCUUUGAAAGCUCGCCGGAUCAGAAUGAAAUAAGAAUAUUAUACGUUUUUUAAAACUUAAAACUGACAUUUAAUUAUAACUGCUGACUUAAAACUGAGAAGUGAUACCUGACAGCGUGUUUUUUUUUUGUUUUUGUUUUUUUUACCGAACACUAUUACUGUGCGUUUUUUGCUCACUGCGUGGAAAUAAGAUUAGCAUAAAACGUGCGUGCAACAAGUUGUUGUACAAGUCAUGGAGCGGCUGCAAAACGUAAUCAACCAGAGUCAGGGAAGAGACCGUGUUUUCAGAGCAACCCAAUAUGCGUGUGCCCUUUCCGUGCACGUUCUUGGAAGCAACUCUCAGCGAAAGGAGCUCGUGGGCAAACUUCAGCGUCUGGAGGCGAACAUGAGCGCCGGACGAAAGUUGUUCAGGCUGGGGAAUGCAAUCAAUGCCAUUGAGGCCGCCAAGCGAACCGCGCGACUCGCUGACCGAGUGCUUUGCCUCUGCCUGACCGCAGCCAACGUCAACCGUGCGCUCUACUUUAUCUGCGACAACGCGCUCUGGGCCGGGAGCGUCGGUCUCCUCCGCCGCAUCGACAAGAAACGCUGGAGCGUUAACGCCUCGCGAUUCUACCUCCUCUCUCUGGUCUUGAGCCUGACGCGAGACGUUUACGUCAUCUCCCAGUUAAUAGUGCAGAGGGCGAGGGAUAAGCACUUCAGGAAGAAAAUGAUUUCGCAUCUCAACGAGAGUCCCGAGGUCGCUGAAGUCGUCAUCCCACAUUUGGACGCGUUUCUCUUUCUGCUGCUCCAGAGCGUCAAAUCGCACCCGCCCGUCGUCUUGGAUACCAUCAAAAACCUUUGCGAUCUGUCCAUCCCCUUGGACAAGUUGGGGAUCUACCGGUCAAAUGCGGGCAUUGUUUCAUUUUGCGGCCUCGUGUCCUCGCUCAUCGGGAUUGUAACCGUCAUACGCCCCGAGUUGAGAAUCAAACCGUAACGUGCUUCUCCGGUAGAGCGGAGAGUUAAAAUGGGUACAAUUACUCUGUGUGGCUGAGGUGAAGUUUAACGGUGAUUAUUAUAUGAUUUUCCUGGAGAGCCGACCCGUCAUCAGAACUGAAGCCUUCAGAGCGAUCGCCAGCGGUCACUUCUCGAUUCAGGUCCAUUUGAGACCUUUCACAGUUAACAUUGAUUUUGAUUGAAUUUAUUGAAUAGGCACCGAGAAAGAUGAGGUUGUCGGAAAAUAUACUUUUACAUGUACUAUAAGCGCAAUUGCAUAACCAGUCACUGUGAUUUAACGGGCGCAUAGGCGCUCGUGCGCCAUCGAGCGCGAAAAUUCACGCGGCUCAGCCUACUUCUAUUUCCUAGUUUACCUGACACCGCUCCCCCUCCGCUCUUAAAGGGGUACACUCACAAUGAUAAACAGAACACACACACAGAAGCAACUUUAUAUCUGCAGGCAUGACUGGUGGACCACACCCGUAACUUUAUAUCUGCGGGCAUGACGGACCACACCCGUACGUUUUUCAAAUGUGAGUGACUGGUAUAACUGAGUGGUCCGUGUUGAUUUUAGCACUGCACUCUGAUGAUUACAUAUUCAAGUACCAUCAUUUCUGGACUAUAAGCCUCACCCAGUAAAACCAUUUUGUACAUACAUAAACUGCACCUGUCUAUAAGCCGCAUGUGCCCGCAUUGAAACAUGAGAUAUUUACAAAGGAAGACGGUACACUGAAAGUUUUCAAAAGUGUUAAUAAUAUACCUUAGCUUUUACCAAACAGUACUUGUAACACGGCAGCACUACGGUACUAACACAGCACUAACAGUGCUGGGUAAAAAAAAAAAAAAAAAAAAACA